UGAGGGGCUGGCCUGUAAAUCCAAAGCACCGCCCUGUUAGGUAGAGUCAGAGGGAGCUCCCCGCCUUCAUAAGGACAGGUGAGGGCAAUUAGUGCCUCUUUGUCUGAGGCCUGGUUGUGUGGCAGGAUUGCUGUGUCGUGCAGUGGUGGUGACUGUCCUGAGUGAUCCAGAUGGAGCAUGCUCUGUAGCCCUGUGCUGAAGAGGUAUGUCUCAGUGAACUUUGGGGCUUCAUUAAACCGUAGCUAUAUCACUAAUAUGAUAAAAUCUCUUUAGGCAAAGACUCAGCUCCUCCAUCUCCCCUUUUAAGCCAGAGUAGAGCUUUUCAACUGUUGCAUUGCUUCUUAGCAGAGCCCCACAUGUACAAGGUAACUGAAACCAGUAUGGUAAGGUAGGAGGGUCAUGCCCUCUGAGGUAUGUUGUUGUCAGCUGAUGAGACUGACUUUUGUUAUGUUUUCUUUCCCCUUAUUGCAGAUUUAAGGCCAGACUGCUGCUUUGCCUGAGCCAGUUCGCCAAGGCGGUUGGCGAAUGUGUUACAGACUGUACAACUUACAUAAUCUGUAGAUGGUUGAAUAUUGUCUUUUUUAUAUUGGGUGUAGUGACCCUGAAUGUCUGUGAAUCUGAACCAACUGAAUCUCACUGUAUUUUCCGUCUUUUGUUUGAUUAGGCAGUGGGACGACCUGCGGGGAGUAGUCGUGGGAUAUGCACCCCUCCUUGCAUGCAGUGUGGUAUGUUUGAAGGGUAGUGGUCACGUCAUUGGUUUGUAGGGUUGACUUUCCUUGCAGUGCAAGUUGUAGUGUUUGUAGUGAUCAGUGUGCACACAAGGUGAUUUCUAUUGGGUGAUAAAGUCUCCCCGCGGUGAGUACCCUGUUCUGCCUAUUCCUCGCGAUCAUUUAAUCUUAUUGUAUUUUAUGUUAUGGUGAAGCCAUUUGCUAUUUAUAUACUGGUUGUUUCGACCAUUUUAGUAUUGUGGAAUAAACUAAUUUUGACUAGUUUUAUGGUUUCUCUCCUUUUUCAGGUCUGUUGCCAGUAUAAUUUAUUUUUAAUAAAUAUUAUUGGAGAGCUGAAUGCACGUCUCCCGCUUUUCUUGAACCCUUUAAAAAUUGUGUCAACGCUCAGAUGGUUGGUGUCUAGGGCUGGUAUAAUUCUAUUCUGGGUAUCGGUCCGCAUUGUAACCUGGGUGGGGUCACAAACUGGCGCUGUGAGCAGGGUCUUAGAGCCCAUAGACGUGCAUUCAAAUCAGUUGGUUCAGUGGAAUGAUUUUAAGUGUAUUGUUGGAUUGUAUUAAGUGGAUUGUAUUUUUCUUUCUCUUUUAAGGCAAAGCAGCAGCUGGCAAGCUUAUUGAAAGCUCUGUCCUGUCAAUAUUCAGUGGGCCUAACUUCAUUCCCAUGCCCAGUCUCCCUUAGUACAAGAUGGACUCCUUAAAUGUAUCUCGGUCACAGUCAGGCCCCUCUAGCCCCCAUGGGCAGUGUGACCCCAGCUCAGGGGAGGCCAUUGCUCGGGAAAGAUUAGUUUAUAUCCCUAGGGAAAGACCUUGUCCACUGUUCAGUGGCGUAGGUGAGAUUAAUAUCCGGACCUGGGUUGAGGAAGUACAAGCUAUCAUGCGUGCCCGUAGACUUGCUACUAUUGAUAAGGCCCAUUUUAUCUAUGAUCAUCUCAUUGGUGAUGCUCGUGAGGAGAUUAAGUACCGGCCGCAGCAAGUGAGGGGAGACCCUGACUGUAUUUUUGAGAUCCUUCUGGCUCAGUAUAGCUGUCCUAUGUCUUUCAUUGCAGUUAAAGAAGCCUUUUAUGCUAGAAAGCAACAGGAGGGUGAGUCACUAAGGGAGUUCUCACAUGCUCUGUUUUCUUUAAUGGACAAGAUGAUCCAGAGUUGUCCAGACAAACGCAUCCCUGAUGCCGCUAAAUUGCUGCGUGAUCAGUUUGUAGAGUGUGUAGGGGAUGGGAAUUUGAGCCGGGAGCUUAGGAGAAUGGCUCGUGAACAUCCUGACUGUGACCUUCAUGCUAUUAGGGAUGAAGCUAUUAGGUGGGAACGUGAGGGCAGAUCUGGGGAAGAACUAGGCCGACCCAGGAGUUAUUCUGUCCCCUCAGUUUAUAGCAUGCAGCAUGCCGGACAGGCUAGGGGUCAGAAAGAUACUGUAGGGUCAGAGCUGGCAGAGCUUAAGGAAAUGUUGAAGCAGCAACAGGCUCAAAUUGAUCAGCUUACACAAGGACUACGAUCAAACCACACUUCAGUCAAGCCCAGACCCUUUCAGAAGAGAGGGCCACUCAUCUGCAGACGGUGUCAAAAACCAGGACAUUUUGCCAAAGACUGUGAUAAUGAAAGGGUCGUGGCUUCUGAACUUAGGGGUUCUACUCAGGGUUCAGUCAUCCAGCCCUCCCAGUUCCAGCAGUCGGAAAACUAGCGCCCUCUGUUAUGCUGAGCCACAUUUCAGAUGGGGGCAUUACUGGCUCCAAUGGGGAUAUUCUACCAAAUUCUGACCCCACACCCAACUUGGUAGGGUCCUGUCCAAAGGUCACCAUUAGUAUGGGGGGGGUGAAUAUUUCUUGCCUAUUAGACACUGGGUCUAUGGUCACCACUAUUACAGAGAGUUUCUUUGCCAAACAUUUUGAGACAGGGGGCCCAGAGAAGCUGAGGGCGUGCCACUGGUUACGGUUACGUGCAGCCAAUGGGCUAGAAAUCCCUUACAUUGGCUAUUUGGAACUUGAUUUUCAAGUCUUAGGCAAGCAGAUCC